GUUGACAAUCUCUAGUGGAGUAAUGGGCUUGGCAGGGAUCAAGAGCACUUGGGGUGGCUUUCCAUUUUUGCCCAUGACUUUCUACUUUCUCUAAGACCCUGAGUACUGAAGCACCAGUUCACACAUGUGUAUUCAUCUCUAAGUAUAUAUCAUCCAUCACUCAAUGAUUUUGUCACUCGAAGGUAAAUAUGUGAAUUGCCUCUGCCAAAAGAUAUUGCAUCUAUAAGCUCUGUGGGAGUUCUGUACGUAGCAUCUGAUAUGCGGUGGGUGUUGAAUGUACCUGUGAGAGAACUCUUUCAAGGUCUCACUGGGUGGGUGCGAGAGGAGGACAGAAAACAUCACCUAUGAUCAGGCAUCCCCAAACUUCGGCCCGCCAGAUGUUUUGGACUACAAUUCCCAUCUUCCCCGACCACUGGUCCUGUUAGCUAGGGAUCAUGGGAGUUGUAGGCCAAAACAUUUGGAGGGCUGCAGUUUGGGGAUGCCUGCCUAUGAUCCUCCACCCCGACUCAGAAAACAAGAAUGCAAGAUAACCCUUUCUUAGACAUUGCUCCUUCCAUUUUUUAAAAUGUUUGUUGCAGCUGUUUUUAACAAAUUUCUGCUACUAUACCUUAUAAACUCACUGUUGUUUGGUGUAAGGUGGUGGAGGGCAUCAAAGCACAGCAACAACAGGCUCCCCUGAGAGUGGUUUUUGUGGUGGUGGUGUGGUUUGCUCGUUUUGCCUCUUCACAUUUAAAAAACAACAACAUAUUUUAUUAAUCUUUCAGAUAUAUACAGGACCGUAAGAUUCAACAAGGAAAACAAUACCCCUUAGUCCCUUCUGUAGUAGCCAACAAUGAGUGUAUCAAGCAUCUCUAUACGUUUUAAAUUUUGUUUGAUACUUUAUAGUGUUAGCCAUGUUGAGAACAUUCGGAUGGAAAGAUGGGGUAUACAUUCACUUACAUAAAUGGAAGUUGCUAAUUCACUUAAUGUGUUUCAAAUUAAACUUGCUUUUGCUUUUAUUUUCAUCUGGGGGAAAUGCCUCCCCACCCCCACCCCGAAAAGCUGGGGAGGACGAGCUGAGGAACAGCAACGGACAAUAUGGCAGAGCAUGAUCCUCGCCAUCCCAGCCCAUUUCAUGGGAAAGGACUGGCUUCUGCUGCAUAAUGCAACAACGUUAUGGCGGACGAUUUUACUUGCCAAGUCAAGAAGAUGGCCUUAGCCAUGGGGGCAUCCCUGACUGACAAGGAUAUUGACCUGCUGCCUUCAGACAUGAGGCAUCAUGCUUCAUUCAACUACACCAAGUUCUUUGACUAUAUGCGGAAGUUUCUGACAUCAGACGAACGGGAGAUACACUUGCGAAAGGCCUUCCAAGUGCUUGACAAGGACGGGAGCGGAUUCAUUGAGUGGAAUGAAAUAAAGUACAUCUUACAAACUGUGCCCAGCAAUAUGCCAGUGGUGCCCUUAUCCGAUGAAGAGGCUGAAGCCAUUAUCCAAGCAGCUGACACGGAUGGGGACGGCCGGAUUGAUUUUGAAGAGUUUUCUGAUAUGGUCACAAAGGAAAAGGUUCCAAAGAAAAAGUAGAAGAGACCAAGAAGAACGGCCUUCCAUUUCCCUACGCAAGAAUGCUGUGCUGGGGGUGGGACGAUGGAACUUACCUGUCUAUGAUCAUGUUGCUCUUUUUGAAAGAUCUCUCCCUAUUAUUAAUAUUUUCGCAGGAUGCAGUGGGUGAGUCGGUAGGUGGGGGAAUCUGCAGCUUGCUGUGAGGGCAUGCUGAGAGAGGCCCUGGUAGCGCCUCUCUCUCCAAAAUGCUACCCAUCCCUUGAAUAGGUUUCUUUCCAGACCCAGGCUACCUGCCCUAGAGCGAUUUAAUCUCACCUGGUCCGCAAGUGGCAGACUCCAACUAUGGUGACAGGGCGAGACCGGCUCUCCAAACUCUUAAGGGUGAUUAUGGCUAAGAGCCACGCACUUCCUCCUUUGUCACAAGCCAUCCUUUGGUCUGUGUUCAUCAAAUUUAGCUUUGGCCUAGCUGCUCCCCACUUUGCCUGGUAAUAGACUGGCUGCUUUUGGUGGAGAAAGGAGAACGGUUUGCCUGCGUUUUUGGACAACAGGACUGAAAUCGAACCGGAAAUGCUUGCACAUGUUUCGCAGCCUGCCCAACUCCUGACGUGAUAUUUUCUCUCCCUGGCCUGUCCUCUGGACUUUCCUGUUAGCCUUCUAGUUAGGAACUGUUAAGAGCCUAGGGUUUUGCUCCAAAGGAAAAUGCUACUUUCGUCCUCUCCUGUCCAAGGCAAAUAAAAGCCUUCUGU